GACUCGCAGCCACCAGUUCUACAACCAACUGCAACCACUGGGGUUGUAAUUUCAGCCACAAUCAAUGGCACUGCUGCUUUCGAGUCUAGCAAUCCUGGCUUGGUGCGGUCGGAACCAACCUCGAAUGCCAACCAAGAUUUCGCCCAAGACGUAGUUAAGAGUCAUGAGUUUGUAGAAGGUGAGGUGAUGUGCUCUCUUGAAGAACUCCAUCAACUUUUAGAUCGAGCAUCUGCACCCAAUACACUGGCCAACUCCUCUAUUUUGAAUCCUACCAUAGACUUGCAAGCCAUAGCGACAACCAGAGCUACUUUAGAAACGGACUUUAUUACUAUGGCUUGCGAGGUUCAACGAACUUGCAUGAUUUCAAGCAUCCAGAGCUUGGUAGAUUCUAAUUGCUUUUCCGCCGGCACCAGACCAAUGAUUAUGGGUUUGUUGAUGCAGCCAGAGCAAUAUCUUCCAGCCUACUCCAAAGCCUAUUCUGAGUAUAAUAGGGGCAAAAACUUGACUGACCAAGUCCAAGCUACAAAACAGCUUCUUCAACCUAAGGUUCAGUUUUGUGAUAGCAAGGAGAGAGAAUUUCAAGAGCUUGUGAAAGGGAAAAUGACGAUUGAAGGCAAGCAGGCUGCGAUACUUGCUGAAAUUCAUGGCAUACAUGCUGAAAUUUGUGGCACCAUCAAAGCGAUGCUGGAACAAGUUGAGAAAUUCCUCCUACAGUAAGAUGAAUUUAAAGAAAAUGCGGGUAAUCUCAAGACCACGUUGGAUACUAGAGAUGUCCUCUGGACAACCUUUAAGAAGAUAAUUCACCAGCACUGACUUGCGGCUUCUACACUUCUCCAUUACAUUAGUGAUUGUAUACAAGCUUCUAACAAGGACAUGCACAGAACAUUUUGGGGAGAGAUCAAAGGUGCCUUCCGAAAGAGCUGUAUAUAGCAAUUCCCAUUACUUCUACUUGUGAAACCGAGUAAUGGCUGAAUUUUGUGUGCCUGGUAUUCUACGACUUCUUUGACAACAAAGCAACCUCUGUUUCCUGCUGUUUCUUCCGGUACCUCUGAGCGGUUGCAUUAACAAUCUUGACAAGGAAGUCCAACAACAUGAGCCAUACCAAAUUGUUCCAAACUGCCAAGGAUUCUGAAUUAGACAAACUGAAAUAAAACCGCCCCUGAGAUCAAUAUCGACAACAUAUAAAUUAAAUGCCAAUGUAGAAGGAUGCAUUUUAAUCAGCAGAGUUACCUUGAUAUUUGACGAA